AUGUCGACAAAUAACAAAAUACUCAUUGGAAAUGCAGCGGAAGACAUUCGAACUUUAUUGACCUCUUCAGGGGCAGGCGGUCCUUAUGAAGCCAUUCGAUCGAUUCAAACAGAUUAUGGUUUGAACUUUCCUGGCAUAGAAAACAUCUAUCCCCUACUAGAGGCGUGUGGUUGCAGUAGACUUGAAAUUCAUCAGUAUUGUCUGAAAGCAUUGAAUGACAAAGUGGUUGCCUAUAUUGAGAAAGACAUGCAACCUAUACCUAUGGCUUUGUUGCAGAAAUUCGAACCCCAUAUUGAUGAUGAGAUACUGAACAAAUUGAAAGCAGAUGUCGACGUGUUUAAGAACUGUCCAUGGAAUAUUAAGCAGCGUAUAUGGAAAGGAGACGAAAACUUUUUUCAUCAAGCCAUGGUUUCUUUAUUGAAUGAAUAUCAUCAUAAUGAAGAAUUACAACAGUUAGCCAUGAAUAUAAAGCCAGGAGAUUAUAAUGAUUUGAUUCAUCAAAGACGUUCACAUAGUAUCCUGCGUGACAUCAUGAAGAAUAUCAAUGGAGAUCCAGAGAUGUAUCAAAUGUUUGUCCGAUUGAUCAGAAUCGUAUUUCGAAAUACACCUUAUGCGAGCUUGUGUUCUUUGCGCGUGGAUUUGCUGAUGAAUUAUCAUGAUCAGGACGCAGACAAAAUUACCCAUGUGGAUCCUUGUCAUCGCUUGAUCUGGUCGCUCGACAGUUGUGUACGCAAUCAAAAUAUGGAUGAAGACAUUAUUAACAACAUCAAAGAAUGCUUCAACAAUGCCAAAAACGGCUCUCAACUCUAUGCUGAUUAUGCUAUGGUCGUGAUGGAUCCUUUGUUCUCCAACUUUUUAGCAGCUACCAUCGUGAAAUGGUUAAAGAUAAGCGUGGCCUCCACCGCGGGGAUGGAGACCGACGAGCAUGAUAUCGCCCUCAUGAUGGAUUACGACAAAAUGAUCGAGUACAAUGCAAAGUUACUCAACUUGGCAGAACAGGCCCCCAAAGCAGCUGUUCCAGGUACCAAAGUGAGCAAGACCGACAAAGAGAUCAAAGAACACCUGUGGGUCGCCCUCAUGAAAAUCAUCAGAGAAGAAAGUUUCGACGCCGACCUUGCGCAUGCCAUGAUUGACAUGCUGAAAAAGAGUGACAUUGCUCGGAAAGUCUUUGUCCAAUAUUUAUUAGACCGUGUGCAAGAACCCAAUUGCGCCGUGCUGAAUAACUAUCUUGCCUUGAUCGCUGAUUCUUGGCCUGACAAUGUGGGCGGCGGCGGCGGCGGCGGCGGUCAUGGCCAUACAGAGGAGGACGCAGCCACAGAAGAACGAUCCGGCGUCACCUACCGACAGACCUAUCUCAGUUUUAUCAACACAUUGAUCACUCUGUUGAUCGAGAAGAAUUACUUGGUGAAAUGUGUCCUGGAUACACAGUUCAAGCCGAUUGUCUUUUUCUUAUUAAGUGUUGUUGGGUGGGACGCUUCGAUUCACAAACAAAUGAUUCGCUUCAUAGCCGAGUAUUACGCGAAUGACACAGGAAAGACACUGCUGCAACUGGGUCCUCAAGUCACUGAACUCAGUAAAUGGACAGAUCAAAUGGCACGUCACGGAUAUAGAGAUGAAAGAAAUCUUAUGGUACUCAAGACUCUCUACAUAGACCUGUUGACACGCUCGAAUGAGCUAAGAAACGGUGAAUUUAGGCUAGAAUGUCCCGCCGUGAUUGAUUUUAUCAAUCAAGCUACAGCUUAA